GUGUCGAUGUUAAACUUACCUUAAUUCAUACACACACCCACACCCACCCCUAAAUUAUGAAGGUAACUAUUUUAAUCAUAGGAGAAGAAAUUAUCGAAAUUAUCCAAAUACAAAUGUUGGAUUUUAUCCUAAAUUGAACUAUGGCCGUAAUAUUUCUUAUAAUCGUAAUUAUGGACCACCACCAUAUUAUCCUGGCUAUGGAAUUGUUAAUCAAUCUAUUCAACCACUGGCACAAAGAAGAUUUGUUCGAAGAACAUCUCGUCAAAAAAGAAUUAGUCAAAAUCGACCAAGAACUCAUUCAAGUCAAAGACAAAGUCGAUUAGGACAACAACGUAAACGUUUUCCAAGGCAAAUACGUUUAAAUGAAUUUAUGCCAGUCGAACUACGUCAAGCUUCACCAAGUCUUCCAGUAGAUUUUAAUUUAGCUACAACUGCAGCUACAACUACAGCUUCAAAUAUAAAUAAUGGGCCAGUUGAUGCAUUACCACAACGUGUAAUUUCUGCUACAAAUACAACUCAACCAUUUGAUGUAAAUAAUGAAAAUAAUAAUCAGCAGCGACAAACAACAAUUACUACUACAACAUCAUUUCGACGUCGACAAAGACGAGUUCGCCAACAACAAUAUCGUGAAAACCAAAAUGUUAUUGAAAAUAAUCGAUUUGAUGUAUUACCUGAAAAUGAUUCAAAUGAAGAUGUUGAUUUAAUAUCGAAUGUCGAUGGAAAUGAACCAACUUUGUCUACAAAUAGCAAUAAAAGGGCAAAAAAGAAAAAGGAUAAGAAAAAGAAAAAUCGAGCCUAUUUUGCAUAUGAUCGUAUUAUGGCAUGGGUUCAAAAUGAGACAUCUUCAAUUGAUAUUCUUGAUACAAGUGGUAAUCAUGCUUAUUUUAUGGCUUCAAUUCCUAUUUAUGAUGAAUGGAUUCGAGCUAAUUAUGAUAUACAAGUAUGGCAACAUUAUUUAAAAAUGGGUACUGAAAAUAAACAUUGGGCAAAAGAAAUCAUUCAACAAACUAAAAAACGUGAUGAUUUCGUUAAAGCAACUACUACUACAGCUGCACCUGUAACUCCGACAACAGCUACAACAGCACAGGCCACAGUAACAUCGAAACCAGUAGUUGUUCCAUUAUGUAUUGAAAGAAUUCGAAGUAAAACUGAUGAACUUGAAAAAUUAAUAUUAAAAUACUUGCAACAUUGUACUCAACACGUAAAGAAAAUGCAUGAAACUCAUAUUCAAUUAGCCAAAAUACAAAUGGAUGAAGUUAAAGCUUUAGAAGAAUUUGAACAAAUAGCUACUCCAUCUCAGUGGAAUAUUCAUUUGGCAUUAAAAUCUGAAAUGAAACUUUGGUCAACUAAACAUAAAAAUUAUCUUACAGCCACAAAACGUGUUGAAUAUGAUAUACCUCCAAAAUUCAUUGAAAAAGUUGAUUUAUCCUUUAAAAUCGAUGCAUCUAUUAUUAAUCAAGAUGAAGCUUAA